AUGGCGGCCGCACCAAGAGGAGGGCAACGGAGGACGUCGUUGGCACAGGGAAGAGCCGGCGACAACGCGCCAGCCCGGCAGCGCGAGGGCGACGACGUCGGCGGCAUCGACCGUGGCCACAUCCUUCCCCUAUUUAACCCCUCCCCCACACCACCACCGCUGGUUUCCAUUCCUCCCCCUCACCAUCUUCGUCCUACCUCACCGUCGACAUGCUGCGCCCCCGCGCCGCUGCUCCCCCUCCUCAGUCGAUUGCGCCACCGCCUCGUCAACGCCGCCGUCUUCAUCGCCGACCGACGGGCGCCACGCCUUUCCUGCCGGACGCCGAUCGCCGCCCACGCGUCGUCGUCCUCGUGCUGUCACUGCCGCCGUCAAGAUCGCAUCGCCGAUCACCGCGGCCGAGUGCCGCCACCCCUCCUCGCCAUCAUCGUCCUUGUGUCGGUUUUGACCCCGUUGCAGCGCCGAUUGUUCUUGAAGUCAUCGCCGAAGUUCCUCGUGGGUCUGAGCAACAGCAAGAGCCAGAGCCUUUGUCAGAAGAAGGUAGUUCCAAAGGUUGUAGUGAGGUUCAGCCCGCCGUCAAGAAUGCCUAUGUGUGGAGCCGUCAUCGCCAGCUAAAGUUAAAGAUUAGAUGAUUUAGUUUGUUUUC